CCCCACCACGGGAAGCACCUCAUAGAGGAUCUGAUCAUCGAAUCGUCCAAGUUCCCCGCGGCGCAGCCCCCCGACCCCAACCAGCCUGCCAAAAUCGAGACCGACUACUGGCCGUGCCCCCCGUCCCUGGCCGUCGUGGAGACGGAGUGGAGGAGGAGGAUGGCCUCCAAGAGAGGGGAGGAGGAAGAGGAGGACCUGACGGAGGAGAUGAAGAACCUGCGGGAGCUCCAGAGGCAGGAGCUGAGCAAGGUCACCUCCAACCUGGGGAAGCUGAUCCUGAAGGAGGAGAUGGAGAAAUCGCUCCCCAUCCGGAGGAAAACCCGCUCGCUGCCGGACCGGACGCCCUUCCACACGUCGCUGCACAUGGGCAGCUACAAGAGCUCCUCGCUGCCCGCCUCCGGCCGCAGCACCCUGACCCGGCUGCAGUCGGCGGAGUUCAGCUCGGCAAGCAGCGAGAAGGGGAGUCCGGGUGAGCGGCGGCACGGGGACACCCUGCAGUCGGCGGAGUUCAGCUCGGCAAGCAGCGAGAAGGGGAGUCCGG